GAGCUGAUUCAUUUGAUUGUAUACAGGAAUGAAGAUUAAAAAUAAUACGUUGUAGCAAUACGUCACUGGUUAUAAAGUGUUAAAAAUUCAUUUAUAAGUAUGGGAUGUUGUUACAGUUUUUGCAAAGAAGACAGCGACCCGCAGAGUGGGGAAGCAAAUGAAAGGACACAUUUGUUGGUAGAUCCUGUCAGUAAUAACACAAAUAUACCUAGAGUACACAGUGAUGAUUAUGUUAACCAAUACGCAAGUUCAGCACCCAAAAAAACAGAUGAACAAAGUGCAUUAAAUAGAAUUUUACAUGAAACAGCUGCUAAUGUGAUAGAUGUUGGAGCACUAGAUUCACAUAACUUAGAACAGCACGAAUAUAUGGAUAGAUCGCGUGCAUAUUCUAAACGUAUAGAAGCUGGAGGUAUUAAAGUACCUGAUAGUACAUCUUGCUUACUCAAAGAUGUUCCUGCCCCAGAAAAAAUAUUGGCAGCAGAACCUCUUGAUGCUGAAGAUCAUGGACUGAUAACAGAAAUGCUCCAUAAGGCUGUGACAGCAUUAGAAGAUGUUAAUGUUGAACACAAGGAAGAUUUAGUAGUUCCUUUUUUAUCGUGAUCUUUUGGCAUUUCCUCAGCAGGGUUACAUCUUGCUUGAGUGAAAUCAUUGUACUACACAACACUAAAAACAUCAUACAUCUUUCCAAAAUCAAUUAUCGAUAAGUUAAUCUGAAUUUACUUCAGAUUUUAGAAUAGAGUGGGGCUAAACGUCCAACGGGUAAAAUGCCCCGAAUUUUAAAUCUCCUGUUUGUAAACAGUCGGUUGAAUAUCGCAUAAUGUUAUUUAGACAGCGAGCGUUAGCGGGAGGGACUGCAGAGUCGCCAUUCGCUCACGAGCGUUUGUGCGAGUCUUUGUCAUACGAAGAUCAUAAAUUUGGGACUUUUUAUACCCUUGACCUUUAGCUCCAUCCUAUCUUACUUGAAUUUGAAUAUUGAUGAAGCAUUAUAAUCUGGUGUAAUGUAGACAAAAGUUCAGGUACUACUUCUUAAUAACGAAAUGUUAAAAUGGCUUGACAGUUUUUCUGAAUAUACAAAAUUGUUUUAAGAUGUUACAAGUUAAUAUAUUUCCAAACGACCAGUCUUUAAUGAAAAAGCUGAAUUUGGUAGUGCUUUUCCAUAAUUUAUAUACGAUACUGUAAAAAGAUAAAACCACUGUUAUUAAUCUCCACUAAGAUGUAUAUCGAGAAACCAUAUAAAAGGGCUAUUUUGUCAUAAUUUAAUAAACGCAAUCAUAUAUUAUAAAUUUAUCAUUUUUCGCAUUAAAAUUUGCAAAAUUAAGUUUUAACAAGCGAAUAACUAACUUUUCUUUUAACGUUCUAUCAGCGUUAAGAAUAUUUCAUAUACGUAAACGGCAUUAUACGAAACAUGGUAGUUAAUAUGUAGAUUCAGUAACAAUUAAUAUUCACGAACGCGACUGGAAUAUAUUUCGUUACUCAUAUUAAAAUGUAUAUUUUAAUUAACAUGCACAUCUUUGUCUCUUUUAUAUUGUACGUAUUUCGUUUUUAUUUUAUAUUUGCUACAGUGUUGCGAAAAGUAUGUACAAUUUCAAGUGAGAUGAAGCUCUUAACUUAAACAUAUACAUGUGAUAUUUAUAUAAAUUAGUACUAUUACUAAUAUUAUAUUCUUUACUCAUUGCCACUUUUCUUAUAUGUAUUUCGUUCAUCAAAAUUUGUUAAUUUUAUAUUUUAUUAAAAUUAUAAUAGUUAUUACUCCGCUAUCAUCUCUUAUUAAUUGAUAUGCGAUAUGAUAAAUAAACAAUAUAAAUUGUGUAAUUAUAUAUUGUUUUGUGAAUAAUAAGUCAUAUUAAAUAAACUUAAUUACAGUCAACAAUAAACGAUGAUUAAACAAACGUUGUAUAAGCCGCAGUUGUUACAUUAUUAGCUAAUUGUUUAUUGAAAAUUGUAAGAAUUAAUUUGUAAUCAACGGAUAAAGACCGUCAAUAUUGGUUAUUUAUUAUUUCGUAAAAUAUAUUUAUAAAAAUA